CAGAGCCAGAUAUGGCUUCACAAGUGAUCUCAUUCGGUGAGAUGCUGAUAGACUUUGUUCCUAUGACAUCUGGAGUUUCAUUGGCUGAGUCUCAAGGCUUCAUCAAAGCCCCUGGUGGGGCCCCUGCCAACGUGGCUUGUGCCAUUGCCAAACUUGGUGGUAAUUCGGCCUUCAUCGGCAAGGUGGGAGAUGAUGAAUUUGGGAGGAUGCUAGCAGAUAUACUAAAGAAAAAUGGUGUGAAUACAGAUGGAGUUUGUUUUGAUGCAGAUGCAAGAACUGCAUUAGCUUUUGUGACUUUGAGGAGUGACGGAGAGAGAGAGUUCAUGUUCUACAGAAAUCCCAGUGCAGACAUGCUUCUCAAGGAUUCUGAGUUGAAGAUGGACAUGAUCAAGAAGGCCAAGAUAUUCCAUUAUGGCUCUAUCAGUCUCAUCUCUGAGCCUUGCAGAUCAGCUCACAUGGCAGCCAUGAAAGCUGCAAGAGAAGCUGGAGCUUUGCUUUCCUAUGACCCUAAUGUGAGGCUUCCUUUAUGGCCUUCUGCUGAAGCUGCUAGGUCUGGCAUUAAGAGCAUUUGGUCUGAAGCUGACUUCAUCAAGUUAAGUGAUGAUGAAGUGAACUUUCUUACCCAAGGAGAUCCUGAAAAGGAAGAUGUUGUUCUGUCCCUGUGGCAUGAUAAGUUGAAGCUACUUAUUGUCACUGAUGGAGAAAAGGGUUGCAGAUACUUCACCAAGAAAUUCAAAGGCAAGGUUCCAGGGUUCAAAGUGAAUACAGUGGACACAACUGGUGCUGGAGAUUCUUUUGUUGGUUCACUUCUUGUUUCUGUGGCAAACAACCCCUACAUAUCUGAUGAUGAACCAAAGCUGAAAGAGGCUCUGAAAUUUGCAAAUGCUUGCGCAGCACUCUGUACAACACAGAAAGGAGCCAUUCCUGCACUUCCAAGUGUCUCAGAAGCACAGAGUCUCAUCUCCAAGUCUAGUGGCAAAUAAGAUUAUCCCUACCUUUUUUGAAAUUUUUUGAUGAGUGGAUCAAAUCCCCCCCCCUUUUUUUUUAAAUUUCAGACUUUCGAGUUAAUAUUUUUUAAAAAAAAAUUGAGGGAUUACAAGAAGAUGGUAUGGUUUAUGAAGCGUGGGCAAUAAGCAAUCGUUUUUUUUUUUAGCUAAAAGUUUAGGUGACUUGAGUAUAAUAAAUUUUUUUAUCUGUUUAUUUAAAUUAAGGAUUUAGAGAUAUGGUGACUUUUAAUCUUGCAGUGUUUUACGUUUAAGGUCCCCUUUGAUUAGCACAAGGCAAACACAAUCCUUUUUUAU